AUGUCUCGCGCCAAGCGUCCUGGCCCUUUCGCGGACAGUGACAGCGAGGACCAUGACUCUAGUUCGCACUCGUCUGCGCGCAAGCGCAGACGCGGCAGCACAGGCUCGGCCAUUCCGUCAUCGCCUCCGACUGAUGGAGACCGGCAGUCGCCUGCUACGACUCCUCCGUCCGAUAUCGAUUCCGAUGAGGAUAAUGCUAACGGGACCCCCGAAGCCACUCAGCAGGUUGAUCGCAUCCGUCCGGAAGACAAUGAACCCGCUGAAUACGGCAUCCUCGAGGCUGUGCACGUUGUCAACUUCAUGUGCCACAAAAACGAGAAGUGGAAACUCUCACCACUGAUCAACUUUAUGUGUGGCAAGAAUGGAAGCGGCAAGAGCGCUAUCCUGACUGCAAUUGUCAUAUGCCUGGGUGGCAAGGCUUCUGGAACCGGCCGUGGCUCAUCGUUGAAAGACUUUGUUCGUCAUGGUGCCAACAGCGCCAGCGUCACCUGUUAUCUAAAGAACCAAGGCCAGAAUGCCUUCCGGAAUGACGAAUACGGCAAUACUAUCGCAGUUGAAAGGAACUUCACCAGCUCGGGCAGCUCAAGUUUCAAAAUCCGCAAUGUAGAUGGGAGAGUCAUGUCUACUAAAAAGGGCGAUCUAGAGGAGAUUCUCGAUCAUUUCUGCCUUCAGAUGGAGAAUCCUCUGAAUGUUCUCUCGCAGGACAUGGCUCGAUCAUUCAUAGCGUCGUCCAACGCUUCUGCAAAGUACAAGUUCUUUCUUAAGGGCGUCUUACUCGAACAACUGGACCAGGACUACAAGAUCAUCGAGGAGAAUAUCGACAACAUGACUCCGAAAAUAACACAAGGCCAGGAGGACCUUGCCGAGAAGAAACGUCGAUGGCAGCUAGCUGAUCGCAAGCUGAAAGAGUCACGGAAACUAGAUGGCACCCGAGAGCGUCUGGCAGUUCUCCGACAUCAAUGCAUCUGGGCGCAAGUAGUGGACCUUGAAGUCCAUCGGCAAAGAGUCUCCGACGCGCUUGACGAGAACAGAGGCAAAAUCGACGUUGAACGUCAGAAUGCAGAACGGCUUGGUGAAGCUUAUGAUCAAGCCGAGGAACUCGUCCAGCAGAGGAAGCAAGAGUACGAUGCAGAGCUACCAAAGAUCGAAGAAGCACGAUCUGAUAGAAACGGGGCGGCAGAAAAGGUCAAAGAGACCAAAGAUACUCACGCAACAGCGCGUGCCGAAUCACGAUUGGUGAAAGACGAGCUCAACAGUGCUCGUAGAGCUGUCCAGCGCAAGGAAGAGGAAAUUCUCAACGAGGAGGCUCGUCUUACUGAAGUAGACGGUGGUGGCCGGGCUAGACGCCUGCGCGAGCUCGACGACUUGAGGACGGCUGCUGAACAAGCUAAUACCGCCUACGAAACUCGUGCAGCUAGCAGACAGCAAUACACUGCAGCCUGCGAUACAGCAAAAGAGAAAGUUCAUGCCGCCGAGGAGGAAUUCAAGACCCAACAGAAACGUCUCACGGAUCGCAAGGCUGAGCUACAAAACAUACGCAGCAGUGAGAACGACCAAGGCCGCAAGUUUCACGAACGCAUGCCUGAACUCCUUCGAGCCAUCGGCAAGGAGACCAGAUUUCGCAAUCGUCCCAUUGGACCCAUUGGUAAACACAUCAAGCUGAAGCAUCAAAACUGGGCCAGGGUGCUUGAAAAGGUCUUUGGAAAAACUCCGAACAGUUUCAUUGUUACCAACAAGCACGACCAAGACAUCCUUCACGAGCUCCAACGCAAAUAUAGAGUCGAUGGCACGCUCUUUAUGCCACCCUCAUACGAACUAGAUGUGCGGGCCAAGGAACCCGAUGAUGAGUUCCUGACCAUUAUGCGAGCCCUGGAAAUCGAUAAUUUUCUGGUACGCAACGUCCUGAUCAUGCAGCACAGCAUUGAGACCGCAGUACUGGAAGAAAAUUUUGACGAAGCUUGCCGCAUCAUGAACAUUAGGGACCCAAACCAGCGGCCUCGUAACGUUCUGAAUUGCUUUACGCUAGCACACAACAAUCCCAGCAGAGGCUUCCGCUUGUUCUAUCGUCAAGGCAGACCAGCUCAAGAUCCCGUUGACGAAUUUGUUGGACCCCUACGGCUGAACAGCAACCUCGAUGAACAGGUUCGCUUACACCAGCAAUAUGUUUCUGAUGAGGAGCACCGCUUGACGCAUCUCAAGAGUGAGGUACAAAGCUGCAAACAUGAGUAUAACGCUGCGGUGAGAGCGCUGAAAGAAUACAACGAAGAGGUGGGGAGACUCAGAGUCGCCAAGCAAGAAGCCGAUCAAAAAGUCGAGGACAAGCAAUCGGAAACUGAGCAGGACAACGUCGCCGGUGGAGCUCUUGAUGCCCUGAGGCAGGCUCUCGAAGAGGCUAGAAAGGCUGUCGCAACGAAGUCAGCACUCUUCGGCGAUGCCGUUGUCGCAGAGGAUAGAGACAGGAAGGCAAACGAAGCAGCACAGCAAGAGCUCACGGCCAUGGAAGACCGUCUGAAGGAGGCACAAGCAAACGCUGAUAAAGCCAAAAGCGAGUGGCGCAGGGCUGAUCAAUCAAAAAGUGAUGCGCUUGCUCAGAAGAACUGGAGUUUGAACAAGAUCGAGGAUGCUGAAAGGGAGUUGCAGACUUAUAUUCAACAACUCGCAACAGCCGACGAAGAUAUUCGCAAGGAUACCGAGCAAGCCCGCGCCAGUGGUAGCGAGAGAGUUCCCAUUCCUGAGGGAGAAACAGCCAAAACCCUGGACAAGAAGUGGGAACGUCUGCUGGAGCAGGUGACUGCUGCGAAUGAAAGAGUGGGUGGCGACCCCGAGGAAAUCGAACGCCAGGCCGCCGACGCUCUCCAGCAGUUCCGUCAAAGCAAAGAAGAUCUUGAAGGCAUGGUUACGCUGCAGGAUACUCUGAAGGCGUCCGUGCAUGAACGCAUGCGUCGCUGGAGAUUCUUCCGCCAACAGAUUGGCCGAAGCGCACGCUCGGCGUUCAUGUAUCUGCUCUCCGAACGAGGUUUCAGGGGCAAGCUCAUCAUCGAUCAUACGCAGCACUUGCUAGACCUUCUCGUCGAACCUGACAUCACUCGGCGGGAUGGCACUGGCAGAAGCGCGCGUACGUUGUCCGGCGGCGAAAAGUCAUUCUCGCAGAUCUGCUUGCUGCUCGCGCUUUGGGAAGCCAUGGGCUCACCAGUGCGGUGCUUGGACGAAUUCGACGUCUUCAUGGACGCAGUCAACCGCAACUUAAGUGUCAACCUUCUCAUCGAGGCUGCAAGACAAAGCCGAGGACGACAGUAUGUUCUGAUCAGCCCGGGUACCAAAAGCGAUAUCAAGCCCGCGCCUGACGUUCAUGCUUUUGAGGUUGCUCCUCCCGAGCGAGGACAGCAGAGACUUAGUUUCCAGCGGGCUGAGGCUGUCUGA